CUGAUCAUAACAAUGUCAAUUCUGUUCUCCCAAGAGCUGCCCAUCUACACAGCACUCGUGCUACUUGUUCCCCUGUACUGCCUGUACUCAAGGGUUAUAUGUAGAUCAGGGAACCCAGCACUCGUGCUCCCCACAAACUGGCCAAUAUUGCACAUGUUUCCUUCCUUCUUGGCCAACCUCCACAACUUGCACGAGUAUUUAACCCUUGUCCUUGCCGGAUCAGGGCACAACUUCAGGGCGCAUGGCCCACCCGGGACCGGGUUGCGGUUCUUUGUCACAUGCGACCCUACAAAUGUCCGACACAUUUUCACGACCAACUACACCAACUUCCCAAAGGGCGCGGAGUUUGCCGAUAUCUUUGACAUCGUGGGUGGCAGCCUCUUUACCAUCGACGGUGAGCCGUCUCAUCAACAGCGCGCAAAAGUCAAGGGCGCGCUCAGCAAACCGCGGAUGGCUGCCACUAUGGCGGCCUGCUGCUGUGACAAGGUGGAGAACGGCCUCCUCCCGUUUUUUAGGCGAAUGGCGAGCACUGGCACUCCAUUUGACGUGCAAGAACUGAUGUCAAGGUUUAUGUUUGACCUGGCUGCUAUGCCUUUCUUUGGCGUGGAUCCUGGCCUCCUGUCCUCGGAAAUGCUACAAGACAGGCUGCACAUGGACGCUGCGGUUGCCCUUGACACGUUCAUGGAGGUGGGAUUUUCCCUGCUCAUGACACCAAGUUCUUAUUGGAAGUUGAUGAGGUGGCUAAACAUUGGCCCUGAGAGAAAGCUCAAAGUGGCGCGCACGGUGCUACGGGAGUUCGCCGCGGAGAUGAUGGAGAGGAGGAAGAUGAAUACGUGUUUUGUUGGUAAUGAAGAUGAACAAGAGGAUGGGGAUAUCUUGUCUUGCUUCCUCAAUGACCCAGACUACGCCGAUGAUGACUUGCUCCGUGCGAUGAUCAUUGGCUACAUGUUCGCUGCUAGGGAUACAGUUGGAACAACCCUGACAUGGAUCUUCUACAAACUCGCCCAGAACCCUAACAUUGUUUCGAAUAUCCGAAAAGAACUCUCACCCAUUGCAUCACGCAAAGAAGCGGUUGGUGUGGAUGCCAUGUUGAUCUUUGAGCCAAAAGAGACCAGAUCUCUAGUAUAUUUGAAAGCCGUCCUGUACGAGACUCUCAGGCUAUACCCAGCAGCGCCUCUUGAGUGCAAGACAGUAGUCGCCGAUGAUAUCAUGCCAAGUGGACAUGAGGUUCAUGCCGGCGACACCAUUAUUAUUUCUAUACACUCCAUGGGGAGAAUGGAGGGUGUGUGGGGUGAAGAUUGCCUCCAUUAUAAACCAGAUAGGUGGCUCUUGGUGGGUGGCAAUAACAUGAGGUAUGUACCAUCUCACAAAUUCUUGGCCUUCAACUCAGGCCCGAGGAUGUGCCUCGGCAAGGACAUCGCAAUUAUGCAGAUGAAGACAGUCAUCGCAUCAACGCUAUGGAACUUCGAUGUGGAGGUGAUGGACGGGCAAACAAUCCAGCCCAAGCAAGCUUGUAUACAGCAGAUGAAAAAUGGGCUCAUAGUUAAGCUAAAGAAGCGGGAAAUGUAA